CUGUUUUCGCCCGGGAAAGCUCCCGCUUGCCCCGGUUAUGUGGCCGUAUUUCCCUUCGGGGCGCCGGUGGGGGGGUUUCCCACUCCCUCCUCCUCCUCCUCCGGAGGGGCGGAAAAGGCCUUCUUGCCUUUCUCCGGAGCGCGAUGAGCUUGUCUCAGCCCUGGCCAGCAUCUGCGGCUCCCAUAAGCGAGAUCAGAAACCAACCCUUGAAAAUAUGAGCUCUGCACACCGUCAUAGAACCCUGGAUACGUUGUGUUUAUGCUGCCACCAAAAAAAACUGGCUUCACUGCGAGGGGACAUGUUUUGGCUGCAGAAAAGAGCAGACUAGGGACUGGGAUGCAUCUGCUUUCUAGCGAGUCCCCAUUAUGAACAGGUAUACAACUCUCAAGCAGCUGGGAGAUGGGACGUACGGCUCUGUCCUUCUGGGGAGAAGUAACGAGUCAGGGGAGCUGAUCGCCAUUAAGAGGAUGAAGAGGAAAUUUUACUCCUGGGAAGAAUGCAUGAAUCUUCGAGAGGUGAAGUCCCUGAAGAAACUCAACCAUGCUAAUGUGGUGAAACUGAAAGAAGUUAUCAGGGAAAAUGAUAAUUUGUACUUUGUAUUUGAAUACAUGAAGGAAAAUCUUUAUCAGUUAAUGAAAGAGAGGAACAAAUUGUUUCCAGAAUCGACUGUCAGGAAUAUUAUGUAUCAGAUUCUUCAAGGACUUGCAUUCAUACAUAAACAUGGGUUCUUUCACAGAGACUUGAAACCUGAAAACCUCCUUUGCAUGGGACCAGAACUUGUCAAAAUCGCAGACUUUGGCCUUGCACGGGAAAUUAGAUCCAGGCCUCCCUACACUGACUAUGUAUCCACAAGGUGGUACAGAGCUCCUGAGGUACUCUUGAGAUCCACUAACUAUAGUUCCCCCAUUGAUAUCUGGGCCGUUGGCUGCAUCAUGGCAGAAGUUUACACACUUAGGCCACUCUUUCCAGGGUCCAGUGAGAUUGAUACCAUUUUCAAGAUUUGCCAAGUACUUGGAACACCAAAAAAGAAUGACUGGCCUGAAGGCUACCAGCUUGCAAGUGCCAUGAAUUUCCGCUGGCCUCACUGUGUACCAAAUAACUUGAAGACCCUCAUCCCUAAUGCAAGCAGUGAAGCAAUACAGCUCAUGAGAGACAUGCUGCAGUGGGACCCCAAAAAGCGGCCAACAGCAAGCCAGGCACUUCGAUAUCCUUAUUUCCAGGUUGGCCAAGCACUGGCCACUUCUCGCUGUAUUCAGGAGCUGGGAAAACAGCAGCGGGACCUCCCCGAUAAAGCACAAGUCCAUAUCAAACCCAUUCCUCCUGCGCAGCCUCCACCUAAAGCACAAGUUCGCCUUUCGUUCAGGCCAUUCCAGCAGAACCAGCAAUCCCACUCUGUGAUAUACCCCUACAAGACAGACUCCUCCGUGAGUGACAGUCUAAAGGAAGACCAACCUAGCCAGGUGGUGCUGCCAGAUAUUCACAGUAAAAUCCCUCAGCAGAAAGCAGCCAUUGGGACAGAGAAAAUGAAUGGAGAUCUCAUACCAAAGAACCGGCGCAGGUGGGAGCACGUCACGGGAACCCUAAAAGGCUCUGAGGAUUGGGAAGAUCUGGAAGGCUGUGAGGUCAACCGUUCCCUUACCAGAAAUGAUUUUAAAAACAAGGGACCGAAUGAUGACAUCCUUUGUAGGUUUGAAAGUAUUUUGGAUCUGAAGCCUUCUGUUUGCCUAGGGACUGGAAAGAGUGCACCCUCCUACCUUCGCCAAGACACACCGACAUUACAAGUUUCUGCAGCCAAACAGCAUUAUUUGAAACAUUCUAGGUAUUUACCUGGGAUAAGCACAAGAAAUAAUUUCUCCAGUUCAAGCAAAGAUUCUGCUGCAUCUAAUCCAUGGCCUGGUUCUAGCCUGCCUGGAAAGACGUCGACAGUGGCUGGAGGGAUGGCCCGGCUGAAUUCCAGCCAUUCGGGAUCAAAUGGACUAACGGGUACUUACAUUCCUUCAUUUCUGAAAAAAGAAGUGGGCUCUGCUGGCCAGAGAGUUCAGUUAGCACCUGUCAUUGAUCCAUCUUCUAUGGACCUAUCUUCUCAAUACACGGCUCUGAAAUCUGUGAGGCCUCGGAUUGGGAGGACAUCAUACAAUAUGCCUAUAAAAAGCACACCAGUGCUUUUGCCACACCCACCUCCUGUUCAGCCUGUCCAUGGACGAAUUGACUGGUCUUCAAAAUACACCGCUCAUCGUUGAAUUCUUGAGUUUGAACGUGUAUUUCUGGAACAGCGACCAAUGAUAAAGACAGUCUCCAGGAAUAUUUUAUAAACUUCAAGUUCUAACAACCCUUAUUUUCUACGACCCAAGACAUUCCAAGACUGUUUUCAGGGGACUUACUUUUAGUUGUAUGUAUUUUAAUGCAAUCUUGUAACUUUUUUGUAUUGUUUUUUAUUAUAUGACUGGGGCAAUUUAUUUUCAUAGCACCGAUACACAUUUGUAUAUCAGCUUAGAAUUGUGGGGUACUUUGUGGGGUUUUUGGCAUUUUUUAUAUGAUGAACUUUGAAAUGCAACUUUUUAAAAAGUUUAUUUUUUUCUUUUUUUGUUCACUUUUUAACAUAAGUGAAUAAAUGUAGCAAACUAAGGCAGUAUUUAAUAUAAUUAAGAUGCAUUAAGAAAGAAGGGGGUUUACCAAAUACUUGUGAACAUGGUUGUGUUGUAGCAAAAUAUAAAAAGGAGUUGGCUGGGUUGCCCUUGCCAUGACAGAGAACUACUCGAUCAAUUUAGAAAAACAGCAAGAUUGAAUGAUGAUGCUUUUCAUGGCUUGUAGCACUUCAAGCUGUAGGCAAGAGUAGUUAUGUUUAAAAUGCAAAGAAACAUGCAUACAUAUACUCACUGCAUUUAUAGACAUUAUAGAUGAAAGCAAAAUAGAAAUAAAAAGUUAAAAAAUAAAAAAAAACAUGGUGGGACC